AUGGGGCAUUCUUUGUCUAAGGAGGCGUCCUUCAUUAAGGAUCUUAAAGCCUCCCUUCGAGAGAGAGGAAUUAGGGUCAAGAAAAAAGAUUUAAUAAAUUUCUUUAUUUACAUUGACAAGGCCUGUCCUUGGUUUAUGUUGGAUGGCCCUACCAUUCAUCCCAAAAAAUGGCAAAAGGUAGGACGUGAGCUCAAUCAAAAAUUAACUGAGGAAGGAAAUCAAUCACUCUCCCCUACAGUCUUUUCCUUUUGGGGCAUUAUUAGAGAUAUUGUUGAGGAUGCUGACAAUGAUGCUGGCAAACGACAGUUACUUUCGGUUGCUGAAUAUUGUCUUUCUUCAUCCAAGCAAAAUUCACCCGCCGCUUCUCGUCCUCCCUCUCGUGCUUCUGAUUCCUUCUCUUUGGCUAACGCCUCUCCUCUUCCUAGCCUCCCUCGACUUUAUCCGCCUCUUCCCACUGCUGAUGUCCCGCCACCAUACUCUGGAACGCCUAAUCACAAAGAAUCUUUAAAAUCCCUUGGCCCACCCGUCUCUCCUGCACAAGAUCCUGAACCUCUAGAUCCUGGAGAUGCCGCUGCGCUCGAGGACAAGGCUGCUCAAUAUCAUAAUGAUGAUGACCCUCCACUCGCCUCCGCACCUCUGCCAUCUGCUCCUUUUGUCCUCCCAUCCUUCCCUACACUGCCUACAGAUAUCCUCUCCGAGACCCGGUCUCGUCUUUCUGCCCAAGCAAGCCGUAUUUCUGGCCCUUCUCAAUCCACGCCUACUCGCCCUGAUCAUGUUAGCAUUAGAAUCCUUGACGAUGAGGCCUCCGAUGAACAAAAUAGCGAAAGUGAAAGUGACAGCAAAGAGGGGCCCCAGGCUCCCAACUCCUCUAGCGCCCCUGCUAGUUCUUCCGCUAAAGCCAGAACAAAAUCCUCCUCCAAGGAGCCUGGUGACUUUCAUCUCCUUCGCUUCAAAAAAUUAGAAAAACUUAACUCAGCCGUCCGCACCUAUGGCCCUAAUGCUCCUUUUACUAUUUCCCUCCUUGAAAGUAUGGCUGGGGGCGGAUUCCUGACACCCAGUGAGUGGCUUACUGUUGUCCAAUCGGUUCUCACAAGAGGCCAAUUUCUCUCAUGGCAGGCUGACUGGUAUGACUGCUGCCGCAAUCUGGAUAAUAACAAUUUUAAAAAUCCUGACAAAGCCUCAGCAAAAUGGACAUUUAAUAAAUUAACAGGACAGGAAAAAUAUGCUCCAGAACAAGUACAGCGUGCUUUUCCUGUCGGGCUCUUAGCUCAAGCCCAUGGGGCUGCCCUUGCCGCCUGGCGGGCAAUUCCAGUUAAGGGGUCUGUUCUUUCACCCUUAACAAAGAUUAUCCAAGGCAAUAAUGAGGACUAUUCAGAAUUUUUGGGGCGCCUCCUUGAGGCGGCGGAGCGAUCAUUGGGAUCCGAUAAAAUAGAACAAAAAGAAAGUAAACUCCUUAAACAGCUGGCCUUUGAAAAUGCUAACUCUGCCUGUAAGGCAGCCCUGCGGGGCAAAUAUAAAGAUAAGGACCUUCCUGAGAUGAUUCGUAUCUGCUCAGAUGUUGACACCUUUACUCAUAAGAUGUCUCAGGCCAUAAGUCUAGUCAUGGGAGCCACACAAGGCCCCAGUUCAAAAUUCCCUUGUUUUAAAUGUGGACAAGUGCGACAUUUUGCACGGCAAUGCCUCAACAAAAUUCUUCCCCUUCAGGACAAAAUGGAGGGCUUCCUCGUCUCUUGCCCACUACUGUUUGUACACGUUGUUGACGGGGCAAACAUUGGGCCGCUGCCUGCUGCUCCAAAAUGGAUGCUGCGGGAAAUCCUCUCCCUCCCCCACAGGGAAACAUGA